CUGGAAAAAAAAAAAUCUAUCACGUUUUUAGAAUAACUAAAUAAAAUAAUUAUUUAGAUAAAAAAAAUCCAAAAAAUGAUGGGUUAGUGUUAAUAUUCGUGACUCGUGAGUGAAUAUUGAAUGUCUACUGUACACAAACGCAGAGAGAGAGAGAGAAAAGUGCGUUCUUGCCCAUCUGUGGGGAGACUAGAACUCAAGAGAGACUACAAUUUCAAGCUUGAAAUGUGGGUUUAAAUCUUGAAAAUCUUGUUGAAUUUAGCUGAACGAGCAAAACCUUUGAAAAAAGAGCAAAUUUCGUCAUGCGUUUUCUUUCUAGGCAUUUUAAUGGAGUUGGGUGUUUUUGAGAUUCGAGCUUUUGCUUCUUGUUCAUCAAUGGCGGCAAUAAUAUCAACCCAAGGAAGUUUCUUGGUUUUGUUCCUUCAUUUGUUACUUUUUAGGAGUUGAAUUUUGUUUUACUUACUUUUCUACACUUUCCUAAUUUUUACUCAAUCUCAAUUUACUCAUACAAUACUACUUUUUCCCUUUUUUUUUUAAUUUCUUUAUAUUGGAAUUGAUUGAUUUUAAUCAAUGAAAAUAACCCAAAUUAAUACUCCUUCUUGAUGAGAUAUGAAAAAUAAAAGCUAUUAAUUGCUCUCUUUUUUAAAAUUUUUUUUAUUUCCAUUUUAGUGAAGAUUUCCAAUUUUUUGUGAUACAUACUCGGAUGCUGAAAACCUUGGUGGGAUCAAAUCUGGAAGAAUCUGGGAUUGGCUAAACUGGAAUUUUUCUCACUUAUUUGGUUUUAAUCAUCUUGGUUGGUGCUAGUUUUGGUUGGUGAAUUUCAAGAAUUUCAAGUAGAACCAUCUUUUUGAAUAGUGUAAAUAAUAGGAAUUUUAGUUGUGGUUUUCCUCCUUUUUCAGUAUUUUAUGAACUAGGAGGAUCAUAAUAUCUUUAUUACAUUCAAUGGAGGAAUCAGAAGGAAAGUUGGAAUGGAUCCAUUUGUGUGAAUUCUUGAUUUUCUUCUGAACACACCCCCACCAAAUUUUUUCCUUGUGGGUUGGAUUGUUUUGUUUGCAUUGCCAUAUUUUCAUCCUUUAAGUUGAAUUUAGCUACUCAUUACAUUUGGGUUGAAUUCUAGAAUUGUAUGCUUAUUAUAAAAAGUGAUGUUAGUUAGGUAGAAGGUUUUGUAUGGUUUUGGGAUCAAAGGUUGGGUGGUGUUGUAACUUUGUGGUCAUUUCUUUGAAUGGGAGUGCCUGAUAAUCCUUUGCUAGAUCUAAUUAACAAGGUUAGGUCUUGGGCUGGUUUGGGUAAAACCAAUUCUUCAUUUUUCUCUUUUGAUUUGAACAUGGCUGAGAAUUGUUGUUGCCAGUGUGAACUAAGGCUUUCCGAGUUAUGCCAAAAAUAUAGCUGUCUUGGGUGUAGAAGGAUGUUAUGUAGUUCUUGUGUUCGGGGAUGUGGCUCGUUUGGUCUUAUCGAUACCUUUGAUGAUGAUAAGUUAGAGAAUAUUGUUAAGGCCUGUAAAUUCUGCUCUAAAGCUUCUAAGAGGCAUAUUGAAAAAAUCUACCCUUCAGUGUCUCCGCGUACUAGUCCGGAGCCAGUAUCACCUUCUGCCUGGGAUAAGUUAUGCAGUGAUGAAAUCGUUGUGAGAACAGAAGAUGAUUGUGUUGCUCCUUCAGUUGAGUUGGAUGAUCAUAACUUUUCUCUGCAUAAAAUCAGUAGCAGUAGGUUGGCUUUGGCUAGUCAUCCAUCACAAAGCUCCCUUCAGCACUCACCAUUUCAGAGUGAUGAAGAACCCGAGGAGUCCGGGAGGCAUUUUUUCAGCUCAGCAAGUGAAUAUUGCCAUGAUAACUUUGAUAUAGACACGAGUAAUGUUAGUUUUAGGAAUGAGUUUGAUAGUUUCAGGUCAGCAGGUUCGAGUCCCUUAGACAGCCCUUCUAGGUUUAAUAUUAAUACACCUAGGGAUGGGUGCUGUGUACAGCAAAGAGUUGGAAGCCCUAAACCUCAAAAUGGUGACCCCUCUAGUAUUGCCGUUGUAAGCGAGCUUGACAGAGGGACUGGUGCCCUUGUGGAUGGUGACUGUAGAUCUGAUGAAGUCACCAUCAAUGAAGAGCAUGCUGAAAAACUUUUUAAACCUUUGGAUUUCGAAAAUAAUGAUCAUAUCUGGUUUCCUCCACCCCCUGAAGAUGAAGACGACGAGGCAGAAAGUAAUUUUUUUAAAUAUGAAGACGAUGAUGAUGUUGGAGCAUCAGACGGAUCCUUUUCUAUUGCAUGCCUUCCUGAUUCAUUUCCUGCAAAAGAAAGCCAAAUCGAGGAGCAGAGGGAAUGCUUAAAGUCUGUGAUACAAGGACAUUUCAGAGCUCUUGUAUCACAGUUACUGCAGGAUGCAGGAAUCAAAGUUCGCAAGGAAAGUGAUAGUCAUGAUUGGUUGGAUAUUGUUAGCAAUUUAGCUUGGCAAGCUGCUAACUUUGUCAAGCCAGAUACUAAAAAGGGGGGCAGUAUGGAUCCUGUAGAUUAUGUAAAGAUCAAAUGCAUAUCAUCAGGAAGCCCAAACGAAAGCACCCUGGUAAAGGGAAUUGUUUGUACAAAGAAUAUCAAACAUAAGAGAAUGACUUCUCAAUACAAAACCCCACGGAUAUUGCUCUUAGGUGGAUCACUUGAGUACCAAAGAGCUCAAAAUCAGCUAGCUUCAUUCAGUACAUUGUUAGAACAGGAGAUGAACCAUCUCAAGGUGAUUGUCUCAAAAAUAGAGGUCCAUCGGCCAAAUGUCUUGCUAGUUGAGAAAAGUGUGGCAUCAUAUGCACAGGAUUAUCUACUAGAAAAGGAGAUUUCUUUAGUUUUGAAUGUUAAACGGCCUGUAUUGGAACGGAUAGCAAGGUGCACCGGUGCUUUGAUAACUCCCUCUGUUGAUCAUAUUUCUGUGGCCAAACUUGGACACUGUGAUCUUUUCCGCUUAGAGAAAGUUUCUGAAGAACUCGAGACUCCUAAACAGUUUAAUAGGAGACCUUCUAAAACCUUGAUGUUUUUUGAAGGUUGCCCUAAACGCCUAGGUUGUACGGUUCUGUUGAAGGGUUUAUGUCGAGAGGAGCUGAAGAGGGUCAAGCAUGUAGUUCAGUAUGCAAUAUUUGCAGCUUACCAUUUGUUCUUGGAGACUUCAUUUCUUGCAGAUGAGGGUGCUCAUCUCCCUAAAAUGACUCUGAAACCUUCCUAUUCUGUAAAAGCCAAUUUAACUGACAUUGAAGACGCAAUACCAACUGUAUCGUGUUCUGAUGAUGUUGCUUCAGGCCAAGUGCCUUGUGAAGUGGUAGUAGAUCGAUCUAAAGGAUUUAUAAGAGAAAUAGAGGGAAGUCAAUGUGAAGAAGUUUCAGAGCUUCUUAGUUCUUCAAGUCUUCCUGUGGAUGCUACAUCUGUUGAGAAAUUAACGUGGAAUUCUUUGAAUGGUUCGUCUGAUGCAGCUGUUGAGUCUAAAUCCUCUGCACUUGACCCCAAUUUACUUGGUGUCACUGACAUGGCCGCUGGUGUAAUUCAUCCCUUGCAAUCUGAAUUACUAAAUAAAGUGUUUCCAGAGGAAGAGAAAUUUGAAGAGGUGGAAAAUACUGAUGAAAAAGAAGUCUCUGGUGACUAUCUUGCGGCAACUGAGAGUCAACAGAGUAUAUUGGUUUCUUUUUCAAGUCGUUGUGUUUCUAAGGGAACUCUUUGUGAACGUUCUCGGCUUUUGCGCAUCAGAUUCUAUGGUUCAUUUGAUAAACCACUUGGAAGAUACCUCUGUGAUGACCUUUUUGAUCAGGCAUCAGUUUGUCGGUCUUGUAAGGAACCUGUUGAAGCACAUGUGCAAUGUUACACUCACAGGCAGGGUGUCCUAACUAUAAAUGUUAGGCGACUGGGCACAAUAAAGCUUCCUGGAGAGCGGGAUGGAAAAAUAUGGAUGUGGCAUCGGUGCCUUAGGUGUGCACAAGUUGAUGAUGUCCCACCAGCGACCCGCAGAGUUAUAUUGUCUGAUGCCGCUUGGGGCCUUUCCUUCGGGAAAUUCUUAGAGCUUAGCUUUUCAAACCAUGCAACAGCAAACCGUGUUGCAAGCUGUGGCCAUUCUCUUCAAAGAGAUUGCCUUCGUUUCUAUGGGUUUGGAAAUAUGGUUGCAUUUUUCCACUAUACGCCAAUUGAUAUACUCACUGUCCAUUUACCCUCUUCGAUGCUCGAGUUCAAUAGCCAAAGUAAGAAGGAAUGGAUGAGAAGAGAAAUAGAAGAGCUUAAAAGUAAAAUCAAAACAUUUUACGCAGACGUCAAUGAUGUACUAAUCGUAAUGGAGCAAAAGAGUACAUCUUCAACAAAUGUUUCUAAUUCCACGGAUUUGCAUAAGCACAUUCUGGAAUUGAAAGACAUGCUUGAUAGAGAAAGGAUCCAAUACUUAGGUUUGCUCGAACAGGCCCUGGAAGAUAAUUUGCAGAUGGUUGACGGAAAAAUUGAUAUUUUGGAGCUUAACCAACUUCGAAGAUCCCUAUUACUUAAUUUUCAUGCAUGGGACCGUCGAUUUUACUCUCUGGACGGUCUCCUGAAUUCCAAAAGUCUUAAGCUAGGAGCUUCAGCUGAUACUGGGGCUCAUGAUGAUUGUAAGGAUUUGAAGAAUGACUCUAUGAAGGACUCAAAUUUUGUUGGUGGCGUAGCAGAAAAUGAGUGCACCGAGCCUCAAUCUUUGUCGCAAGAGGAAGUUUAUGGGGAUGGAGAAAUCAGAAUCUGUAAAAAAUCAUUGGAUCUGGUGAACUCUUCUGCACCCGAUUUAUCGGAUAAAAUAGAUUCUGCAUGGACAGGCACUGAUGUAGACGCAUCUCAAGCUGUUCCUGUUGGUCAAGCAAAUCAUGUCGAUAAUCUGCCUCUUAAAAAGUUGACUGCUCCGAAAAGGGUCUAUUCUUUUGAUUCCGCCAUGAGAUUGGAAGAAAGUUUGCACCGAAAAUUGCAAUCUACAUCUCAACUCUCGGCUAUCAGGUCCUUCCAUGCUUCCGGAGACUUCAAAAAUAUGAUAAAAGACCCCCCCUCGAAUUUCACAAGAACCGUUUCCCAAGUUUGUCUGAAUGAAUUACCAUUUACACCUUCAUUUAUCUCUGCAUCUCAUAUGGUUGUCGGUCCCCGUUUACUGCUUCCACAGACAGGUCAGAGUGAUCUGGUUAUUGCUGUCUACGAUGAUGAGCCUACUAGCGUGAUAUCGUAUGCUCUUAGUUCUAAAGAGUAUGAGGUUUGGGUCUCGGAUGACGCUAAAUGGAGUCCGAAAGACAUCCAUAGAGAGGAUUCUACAGUUUCAACUUUCUUAUCCUGGCAGUCUAUCAGCUCUCUAGAAUUGGAUUACAUUAACUAUGGAAGUUUCGGCUCCGAAGACGCUUUGUCGAGGAAUAAUUCAAUGGUGAAGGAGGUGAAGAGAUCUCCUCACUUACAUAUCUCGUUUGACGAUGAUUCUUCAGCCGACGGUGGGAAAGCAAAAUUUUCCGUGAUCUGCUACUUUGCAAAGCAGUUUGACAUGCUUCAAGAAAAAUGUUUCCCGAGCAAAUUGGAUUUUGUACGCUCCUUGAGCCGUUGCAGUAGAUGGAGUGCACAAGGUGGAAAGAGUAAUGUGUAUUUUGCAAAGUCCAUGGACGAGAGAUUCAUCAUUAAGCAAGUAACCAAGACCGAGUUGGAAUCAUUCCAAGAGUUUGCUGUCGAUUAUUUCAAGUAUUUGAAUGAUUCUUUAGACUCCGGGAGUCCAACUUGUCUUGCUAAAGUGCUUGGGAUUUUUCAAGUUUCUGUGAAGCAUUUGAAAGGUGGGCGUGAAACAAAAAUGGAUUUGAUGGUGAUGGAGAAUCUAUUUUUCAAAAGAAAUAUAUCGAAAAUUUAUGAUCUUAAGGGCUCUUCUCGGUCUCGGUAUAAUCCCGUCACAACGGGAUCUAACAAUGUGCUUUUAGAUAUGAAUCUCCUGGAAACAUUGAGAACAAAUCCCAUUUUUCUAUAUAGCAAGGCCAAAAGAAAAUUGGAGAGAGCGGUUUGGAAUGAUACGUCCUUUCUGGCUUCUAUCGACGUUAUGGACUACUCUUUGUUGGUGGGUGUAGACGAGGAGAAGAAAGAGUUGGUGAUCGGGAUUAUUGAUUUUAUGAGACAAUAUACAUGGGACAAGCAUCUUGAAACUUGGGUUAAAGCUUCAGGUUUUCUAGGUGGCCUAAAAAACGCUCCACCAACCAUAAUAUCUCCGAAACAAUACAAACGAAGAUUUCGAAAGGCAAUGACAACCUACUUUCUCACAGUACCGGAUCAAUGGUCGUCAUGAAUUAUCGGUUUUGCUUUGAUUUACCAUGAUUCGUUUCGGUUUACAAAUCGAUUAUUGUUAAGAUAAACAAUAUCAAAUGAUUUCAUAGGAAUACAAAGAUGUGAAGGGAGGAAUUUCCUCCUUUAUUUGAGAUCUAGAAGACUCCACUAUUUUCUUGUUCUUUUGAAAAGGGGCACAAUUGAAGGUGGCCCACACCAAUACAAAAGUGUUGAAUUGUAACAAUGACUAGAUGUAGCUAAAAUACCAUAUGCAAUGUAAUGCUAAUCAACUUUGCUUUCA